AUGAAUGCUGAUAGGUUUGAUUUCUUACUGAGAUGCCUUAGGUUUGACGACAAGACAACAAGAACAGAGCGGAGGGCCUCUGACAAGCUUGCUCCAUUCAGACAAUUUUGGGAGGCAUUCAUAAGCAACUGUGUAAAAUGGUAUAAGCCCAGUUCAUACAUAACUAUUGACGAACAGCUUGUUGGGUUCAGAGGGCGUUGUCCAUUUAGGAUGUACAUACCCAAUAAGCCAAAUAAAUACGGUCUUAAGCUUAUUAUGAUGGCAGACUCGAACACAAAAUAUGUAUGCAAUGCCAUUCCAUAUUUGGGCAAGGGAACUAAUCCAGGAACCGAACCUCUUGCGAGCUAUUUGGUGAAGGAGAUCACCAAACCCAUACAUGGUUCGAAUCGGAACUUAACUAUGGACAAUUGGUUUACAUCCAUUCCUCUUGCUUCCGAUAUGCUCCAGGCUCCGUAUAAAUUGACAGUUGUUGGUACAUUGCGUAGCAACAAACGGGAAAUACCCCAGGAAAUAAAAAACUCUAGAGCACGGCAAGUGGGCACUUCAAUGUUUUGCUUCGAUAACGAGAUGACCAUGGUUUCAUACAAGCCCAAGUCUAACAAGAUUGUUUACCUUUUAUCAACCACCCAUGAUCAACCCACUGUCAAUGAUGUUACCAAGAAGCCGGAAAUUAUUCAUUUCUAUAAUUCUACAAAGGGCGCUGUAGAUACCGUGGAUCAAAUGUGUUCUAUCAUGAGCACUGGUCGCAAAACCAAUAGAUGGCCGCUAUGCUUCUUCUAUGAUACCGUAAACAUUAGUAUCAUAAACACGUAUGUUGUUUACGUAUGCAAUAUGAUCCAAGACCAUAAGAAACCGCUCAAGAGGAGAGAAUUUGCCUUGCAAAUGGCAGAUGAACUAAUAAAACCCUGGCUACUCGAGCGCUACAAUACGGUGACUUUGCAGCGUGAUGUGAAAAAGAGUAUUAGAGAUAUUCUCAACAUUGAAGUGCCACAAGAAAGUUGUGUACAAGAGCUACAUAAAACAAGAAAAAUAUGUGGAUUUUGCCCAGCAAAAAAAGGCGUAUGA